GGUGAGCCCAGCGGCGACAACGGCAACAUGGCCCUGAACGGCGCUGAAGUCGACGAUUUCUCCUGGGAGCCCCCAACUGAGGCAGAGACGAAGGUGCUGCAGGCACGACGGGAGCGGCAGGAUCGAAUCUCCCGGCUCAUGGGCGACUACCUGCUGCGCGGUUACCGCAUGCUGGGCGAGACGUGCGCGGACUGCGGGACGAUCCUCCUCCAAGACAAACAGCGGAAAAUCUACUGCGUGGCUUGUCAGGAGCUCGACUCAGAUGUGGAUAAAGAUAAUCCGGCUUUGAAUGCCCAGGCUGCCCUCUCCCAGGCUCGGGAGCACCAGCUCGCCUCUGCUACAGAGCUCCCCUCAGCCUCUCGGCCUGCCCCUCAGCCCCCAGUACCCCGGCCAGAGCACUGUGAGGGAGCUGCAGCAGGGCUCAAGGCAGCCCAGGGCCCACCCCCUCCGUCUGUGUCUCCAAAUGCAGGUGUGGUGGCCUGCACACAGGCAGCCCUCCUGCAGAAGCUGACCUGGGCCUCAGCUGAGUUGGGUUCUAGCACGUCCCUGGAGACUAGCAUCCAGCUGUGUGGUCUUAUCCGGGCAUGUGCAGAGGCCUUGCACAGCCUGCAGCAGCUGCAGCACUAAGAAAUGCCCCUGAGAAAAACCCUCUAGAAAAACA